AUGUUAAUUCCUCGUUUUUCAUUAACUCAAACUUCAACACAAUUAUUAAUUACAGUUCGAUGUCCAUAUGUUAAAUUCUCAUCAUCAUCAAAUGAAGAAAAUAAUGGUAUUGAAAUUGAUUUACCUUCACCAAAUGAAUUCUAUUUUGCUUGUAAACCGUAUUAUCUUCAUUUAUAUUUACCUGGUCGUGUAAUUGAUAAAGAUGCAUCUAAUUAUAAAUAUGAUAUUGAUACAUCUUCAUUUUGUUUUACAUAUGAAAAAGAAACAAAAAAUGAACAGUUCGAAAAUCUUGAUAUGUUGACGACAUUAUUGAAUAAAAAAGCAAAAGUAUCAUCAAAUAAAAUUGAAGAAAUUGAUAACGAUUUAACAAAUGAAGAAGAAGAAGAUGAUGAGGAGGAAGAGGAUGAAGAUGAACCAUUAUGGAAUCAAAUGAGACAACUUGAAAUUGAUGAUCAACCAAAAGAAAAUUUAAUAUCUUCAUAUUCAUAUGGUUUUAAUCAUCAAUAUAAAGAUUUAUUUACAACUUUUGAUUCAGAAUAUUGUUUAAUAUUUGAUAACCAGUCACCAGAUACACUUCCAACAUCAUCAAUUCGUUCAUGCCGUUUAGAACAAGAACAAUCGGAUUUUAAUUCUGAACAUUAUCUAGCUGAUAAAUAUGAAUUAAAUGAUGAAACAAUAUUUGAUUAUAAAUUAAUUUUAGAAGAUCAAUUAGAUGAACAAGAUCGAGAUGAUUUAAAAAAUCUUAAAUAUAAACAAUUAUUCAUUGAUGAUCAAAUAUCAAUUUAUCUAGGACUUAUUGAUUUACUUUAUGCAUUUGUUUAUGAUCAACGAAUUACACAAGGUGAACCAUGUUGUGAAUCUUCAUGGAAUAUUCAUAAAUUAUCAUCAACAUUGUCAUGGUUUGAUACAUUUACUGAUCUUCCAUCUGUUCUAAUAGCAUGUUGUCGUCGAACUUUAAUCUAUCCACUUAUUCGUUCAUUUAAACUUGCAAAAAAAUGUUUACUUGAUGUUAUAGAAAUAUUUUCAAUGGGAAAAUCUACAAUACUUCAAUGUUUACUUCAAAUGAGACGUUUAUUUUUGGAUGAAGAACAUCGAUAUUUAUUAAAUACACUUUAUUUAAAUGAUUAUUGUUUAUGGAUACAAACAGAAUGUCAAACAAAAUGGUUAAAUUCAUUAGUAGAAGCUAUGAAACAUACUAUUGAAUAUGAACUUGAUGAAAAUAAUCUAGAAUUAAAUUUUGAAGAAAAAACUUUUUCUUGGAAAGUGACUUUACAUGAAAUUAGUGAUACUGAUGAUGACGAUGAUUGUUCAUCAUCAUCAUCAGAUAAAAAGAAUUGUUAA